AGUGAAGUGUGUCAGGCUGGACAUGGAGAACUCAAGGCGUGGCUAAAGGAAGCACGGCGGCCCAGCGCAUCACGUUUGCUAUUUCAGUGCUGCUGGGCAGGGAGCUCACUGUGCUCGCCCUGAAGGAGUUUUGCCUCAGGAUUUGAGCCAAUAUAAAAACUAAACAAAUUUCAGGACAAAAGAGGUCUCCGCCAGUCAAGAAACCCUCAGAAGCAUUUUACCAUGGAUAUAGAAGAUGAAGAGAAUAUGAGUUCGAGCAGCACUGAUGUUAAAGAAAACCGCAAUCUGGACAACAUGCCCCCCAAGGACAGCAGCACACCCGGGCCUGGCGAGGGUAUUCCACUCUCCAACGGGGGUGGUGGUAGCACCAGCAGGAAGCGGCCCCUGGAGGAGGGCAGCAAUGGCCACUCCAAGUACCGCCUGAAGAAGCGAAGGAAAACACCAGGGCCUGUUCUGCCCAAGAACGCCCUGAUGCAGCUGAAUGAGAUCAAGCCCGGCUUGCAGUACAUGCUGCUGUCCCAGACAGGACCCGUGCAUGCGCCUCUGUUUGUCAUGUCCGUGGAGGUAAACGGACAGGUCUUUGAGGGCUCUGGCCCUACAAAGAAAAAGGCAAAACUCCAUGCUGCUGAGAAGGCCCUGAGGUCCUUUGUCCAGUUCCCCAAUGCCUCCGAGGCCCACCUGGCCAUGGGAAGGACCCUCUCUGUGAACACAGACUUCACAUCUGAUCAGGCCGACUUCCCUGACACACUCUUCAAUGGCUUCGAGACUCCAGACAAGUCAGAGCCACCCUUCUACGUAGGCUCCAAUGGGGACGACUCCUUCAGCUCAAGUGGAGACGUUAGCCUGUCAGCCUCCCCAGUGCCUGCCACCCUUACCCAGCCUCCUCUGCCCAUCCCACCACCAUUCCCACCCCCAAGUGGGAAGAAUCCCGUGAUGAUCUUGAAUGAGCUACGCCCAGGGCUGAAAUAUGACUUCCUCUCUGAGAGUGGGGAGAGCCACGCCAAGAGCUUUGUCAUGUCCGUGGUGGUAGAUGGCCAGUUCUUUGAGGGCUCAGGGAGAAACAAGAAGCUUGCCAAGGCCCGGGCUGCACAGUCUGCCUUGGCUACUGUCUUCAAUUUGCACUUGGACCAAACACCAUCUCGCCAGCCUGUCCUCAGUGAGGGUCUUCAGUUGCAUUUGCCACAGGUAUUGGCAGAUGCUGUCUCACGCCUGGUCCUGGGUAAGUUCAGUGACCUGACAGACAACUUUUCCUCCCCUCAUGCACGAAGGAAAGUGCUUUCUGGAGUAGUGAUGACCACAGGUACAGAUGUCAAAGAUGCCAAGGUGAUAAGUGUUUCGACAGGGACGAAGUGUAUCAACGGUGAAUACAUGAGUGACCGUGGCCUCGCGCUCAACGACUGCCACGCAGAAAUAAUCUCCCGCAGGUCCCUGCUCAGGUUUCUUUAUGCACAGCUUGAGCUUUAUUUAAAUAACAAAGAAGACCAGAAAAAGUCCAUAUUUCAGAAGUCAGAGCGGGGUGGGUUCCGGCUGAAGGAUACAGUGCAGUUCCACCUGUACAUCAGCACCUCACCCUGCGGAGACGCCAGAAUAUUCUCUCCCCACGAGCCCGUGCUAGAGGAACCGGCAGACAGGCAUCCGAAUCGCAAGGCAAGGGGACAGCUACGGACAAAAAUAGAGUCUGGCGAGGGGACAAUCCCUGUGCGUUCAAAUGCCAGCAUCCAGACCUGGGACGGGGUGCUGCAGGGGGAACGGCUGCUCACCAUGUCCUGCAGUGACAAGAUAGCACGCUGGAACGUGGUGGGUAUCCAGGGGUCCCUGCUCAGCAUCUUUGUGGAACCCAUCUACUUCUCCAGCAUCAUCUUGGGCAGCCUGUACCACGGGGACCACCUCUCCAGGGCCAUGUACCAGCGGAUCUCCAACAUAGAGGACCUGCCACCACUUUACACCCUCAACAAGCCCCUGCUCAGCGGCAUCAGCAAUGCAGAGGCGCGGCAGCCAGGGAAGGCGCCCAACUUCAGUGUCAACUGGACAGUGGGCGACACUGCCAUUGAGGUGAUCAAUGCCACAACAGGGAAGGACGAGCUCGGCCGCCCGUCCCGCCUGUGUAAGCACGCGCUGUACUGUCGCUGGAUGCGUGUACACGGCAAGGUUCCCCCCCACCUGCUGCGCACCAAGAUCACUAAGCCCACCACAUACCACGAGUCCAAGCUGGCCGCGAAGGAGUACCAGGCCGCCAAGGCACGUCUGUUCACUGCCUUCAUCAAGGCGGGGCUGGGUGCCUGGGUGGAGAAGCCCACAGAGCAGGACCAGUUCUCCUUCACUCCCUGAGCCAGGCGGGUGUCGAGCACAGAGUGUGAGGCUGUGGUGCCGAACCGUCCCCCAGAGCCUUGCAUCUGAACUGGGACAGGUGUGCACCUCGGGGACGGCACGGGGAGUCUGGGGGAACCACUGGACAUGAAGCAUCAUCCCCGGCAGCUCUCACCCCAACAGGGCAGCGUGGGGAUGUGUAGGGUGCCGGGCGCCUCACAUCUGAGUAGGGAUGAGGUGCACAGUGGGUGCACGGGGGCGCAGGGGCCCAUCAGCACCCCUUGCCACACAUUUCCCCUCUCGAGCUACCCAGUGACCGUUUUAUAUCUCAGUUUACAUUAGACCCCGAGUUCUACUGAGUAGGGCUUCCACAAGUGUAGGAAAAUAGAAAUUACUUUGUGUGAGAUUCUUGAAUAAAUAAUUUAUUCAGAGCUAGGAAUGAGAUUUAUAAAAUAAGAAGUAAUUAUGUCAGGUCACUUUUAUGCCACAUUAUUUUAAUUGCAAAAAAAAAAGAAAAGAAAAAGAAAAGAAGCGUUUCUAUGUGAAAGAGCAGGAAACUAUAGAGGUAGGAAGUAGAGCCGCCACGCGCACGUCUGUGUGGGGCUCCUCUCCGUAGGUCCUUCACACCCAGUAGGUCCGCACAGUAGGUUUUAACAGCUCUCCUGGGGCAGCCCCAGCAUGAUAUGGUGUGACCUCGGCACACAUCUGGCCCUGCAUCUGGGAUCCUGUGUCCUACAGAGUCAAGACCUAGGUUCUGCUGCCUCUAGAAUCGCCCACGCUCCUGGUUAGGCUCAAAUCAUGGAAAAGUCUAUUUGCUUCUAAGUAACUGAAGAUGAAAUCUGUCCAUAGCCCACCUGGGCUAGCCAUCAUUUAGGGGUUCUAACCAUAUAGGUUUUGUGACCUAGAGGUACUCAGUAGGGCUGCUUACGCAGUCAGAGCACAGCCCUCCUUCUGCCCCUCCCUUGGGAUCUGGUGGGUAGGAGCCACUGAGCGCUCAGAAAGCUUCACAGGAUGGGAAGAGUUGUAAGCAGGUACCGUUCUUGUUGGAGCAUCCCACAUAAGGUAUUCCUUCCAGCUUUAUCAGACACGUAUUUGAGAAGUAAAACAUUCAGGUUGAAGCUGGUGGGACAGUGUAAGCCUGGAACGCUGCAGACCAGACAUUGGUGUCUCCACAAGCAGGCCUGGGUGCUCCUGGCAUCUCGGGGUUGAACCCCAAGAUGCUGCCUAGCACCCUUUCUGCACAGAGUGGCACCCAGGGCCCUGGAGUGGACACCUGGACCUCCUGUGUCAGACUUGCCCCAGGUGCCUUGUUGUUUCCACUCAGGAUUAGGGAGGAGUAGAGGGAGGAGGGGCUGUGGCUGUCUGCUCAGUGUGCCAACCUGGUCCAGCAGGUUGCUCUGAAGAGCUUCAGGACCGUGAGCAGAGAAGGUGCAGACUCACCCCUCAGCACACAUCUGCCAUGGCUGCAUCCAAAGCUCUGACAGCUGUGUGGCUCCAAGCUGUUCACCCAGGUGUUCGUGUCCUUGACACACCGAGAGAGAAACAGAAUGAGAGCAUAGCCACUGUGGGUUCCACCAGAAUCCCAGCAGGCCUCAAGAGGCUGUGUGUCAUUGCCUGUGUGAGACUUACCUGUGUCUCCAUGUCAGGAGCCCUGUUGUGUCCUUGUGGGUGUCUCCCAAGGUUCUCGUCCUGUGGGGCUUGAUCUUCGAGCCAUGAAGGUCCUACCAGAACUCCCUAGUGACACGUGCUAUCUCGGAUCUCCUCAGAUCGCCACCUGCCCCCCUGAAAGGGAGCCCUCUCAGGCAGGAUUUCUGGGCCUUGUGUGCCAUGGCAGGGCCACCUUUGGGUAAAAUGCACUGGGGCUCCUUAGAGAAAUGGUCUCAUUUUAUCACAGUACCACACCUCCCCCCACAGGCUCCUGCACUUUCUAGAAAGAAAAACACAUGCUGGUGUGUUCUUACUCUUGCUUUUAAAUCAUGUUUCUUCUAGUGGAGAUGGGAAGAUGGAUUUUGUUUGUUUUUAAGUACAUUUUGGUUAGAAAGUAUAGCAAAAGUAUAUUCUAUAUACAAUAAAAACCAUGCUUACAUAUGGCUUCCCAUGUCAGAUAACAAGGGCGCCCAACCAGGAAGUGAAUGCUACAUGCACAGAGCAUCUGAAACCAUGGGGGCUGGUCCUGCUUAGACUUGACCUAGGCCGGGAAAGGAGAGAAAGGAGGCACCCUGUGGUGAGGAGGCAGCAGUCCCUGCACCCAGGAUACGGUAGCUCGACAGCCCAUCUGUGACCAGAGAAAAAGGAAACAAAUACUAAUUUAAGACACUAAGCUCUUCUAGCCUCUUCCCGAAGGUCCCCAUGAUGGUGUCGUUCACUCCCAGGAUCUAAAUGUCACAGACUCAGCAGAAAGCUUGACACACCAAGACACAUUUCCCUGAUGGAAAUGUCUUGGAUACUUCAACAGGUAAAGGACAGGAGCUUCUCUGUUCUGUGUGCCUAGCUAAACCCGAAGGGUUAAUUCCACAAAGCAGUAUCCCUCGGGGUUAUUCAGGCCCAUCGUCCGCGGGGCAAUAGCUGCACAACAGGAAGGUGUGGUUGCUGGGAGUCCUGGGUGGGGUGUCUUGUUUCUACAGAGCUGAGGCUCUCUACUUAGAUGUAGGCAGGGUGAGUGUGGUGCCUCUGCCGUUAGCCCUGACCCCUUCAUGGUGUCAGGAGGUAGCACCUCUCCUAGCAAGGGACACCAAAGAACAACUUUGAAUCUGAGUCUUUCAACAUUCUAUUUUGAAGUUUUUUUUUUUUUUUUUUUUUUUUUAGUAAUUAAAAAAAUAUUUGUAAGUGUGCAGGCCAUUGUCUCACAAGGCAUGUUUGUUUUAUCCCCCAGCUCCUCUUGCCUCCAGACUGUACAUGCUGCUUGGUUUUUAAACUUUAGUUUCAGACAGGUGCACCUGGGCAGCCACCAGAGGGUCAGGGAUGUGGGGUGAGGUGCACAUCACCCUGCGCCAAGAGUAAAUACACACAAUGCAGGAGCAGCUUGUCACUUCCAAAAUACUUUACUCCAGAAAUGUCAGCUCUUCCAGUCAGAAUUUUGCUCCAGAAAGAGAAAUAAAAAUGAGCUGAAAUACAAACCUGUAAGUUCUUGAAAUUAGGGAACCUCUCAGAAGAUCCCUUCAUCUCGUCAGCCCCAGACCACAUCGUGAGAAGGGCAGUGUAUGCGUUCAGUGUGUACAGCUUGUGUGUGUCCUUGUCUCUAGGCAUAUCUAUCAUGUGACAGUCUCCCCAAGGCUUAGGGGGUGGUCGCCCACUCUGUAGCUUUGAACUGCUCCACACUGGGACUAACUGGGUCCAUGAGACAUUAGGAAAUUGGAAUUGGGAAGCCUCCGACCCGCCAGGGACUGUGAGGGAAUUAGUCCCAUGGUCUGACCAAUCACGGCUGACUCCUCAGUGCACUCUUCGUUCAGUUCCUGGGGAAAUGUUCAGUCUCUGUGGUAGUGCCUGUACUUUCUGUUAGCUGUUUGAAUGCAAGUGCCCAGCCUCAGAAGCACUUAACUGUAGCCACAGCGGGAGCUGAUGGUGCAAACGGAACUGAUGGGCCAUUCUUCUGAAUGGAACACAGCAGGUUAAAAGCACAGUUUGUGGAAUGUUAACGGGAUAAGCCCCUAAAAGCUGUUAGCUUUUCCAGGCUUUGAGUUAUAUACUUUUAAUUUGAUUUUAAAGUUUGGACACUUUUACAUGAAUGUAAUUCAGCCGAGAAACGUGUUGCUAAGAUACAAUCCUCAGUGUUCUCUGUAUGUAUAUUUAUGUAUAUACCACAUGUUACAGCCUGCAUGAGCUUCCUCACACCGAGCCCAGCCGGAACUGAGCAUGAGACGCUGUCACAUGUAGACAAAGGACUGAGAUGUUCUCAAUAAAGACUAAGACGUUUCACUAUGA